UGUACUUUGUAAUUUGUAUUUUGUAAACAAAAUCUCACUUACCUUAGUGUAUAAGUGUAAUUUAAAUUCACUAGUAAAAAAUGGAUCCCGCACUGCUCCGAGAACGCGAAGCGUUUAGGAAAAAGGCACUCGCGACUCCGAGUGUUGAAAAGAAAAAGAAAGAUGAGUCGCCUUACAAAGAUGACAGCAAGAAGAAAUCCAAAUCCACUAGCUCAAGCAGCGCUGCACCAAAACUUGAUGCAUCCAGUUACAAAACCAUGGCGGGCAGUUCCUCCUACCGCUUUGGAGUGCUCGCCCGCAUCGUCAGGCACAUGAGGUCGAGGCAUCAGGAUGGAGACGACCACCCCCUGAGCCUCGACGACAUUCUGGAUGAAACUAACCAGCUGGAUGUCGGCAGUAAAAUUAAACAGUGGUUACAGACAGAAGCGUUACAAAAUAAUCCUAAAAUAGAAUGCACAAUGGACGGAAAGUACAUAUUCAAGCCUGUAUACAAAAUCAAAGAUAAGAAAUCAUUACUAAGGCUUCUCAAACAGCAGGAUUUAAAAGGUCUGGGAGGGAUAUUUCUAGAAGACGUCCAAGAGUCACUGCCACACUGUGAAAGAGCACUCAAAAACUUAGCACAAGAAAUACUUUACAUCACGAGGCCUACAGACAAGAAGAAGAUAUUGUUCUACAACGACAAAACUGCCACUCUUGAUGUCGAUGAUGAAUUCGUGAAACUAUGGCGAGCCACUGCGGUGGAUGCGAUGGACGACGCCAAAAUUGAGGAGUAUCUGGAGAAGCAAGGCAUCAAGUCGAUGCAGGACCACGGGCCCAAGAAACCCAUCGCACCCAAACGGAAGAAGGUCUCGCAGAAACGACGCACUUUCAAGAAACCAAGAGACAACGAACAUUUGGCAGAUGUGCUGGAAACGUAUGAGGAUAAUACGUUGACUCAGAAAGGUGUUAGCAUUAAGUGAAAUAUAUUAGCUGAGUAAGUC